GUGGUGCCACCAACGCAUCACGGAUCAAUCAUGCCUGCUCGCACGGGUUCCCCCCAAUAGGUGCUUCAGCUUCCGAGAGCGACAUAGCCAUCUCCUGCUUGAUCCUAAUCAUAAACUCACGAUGGCUUUAUUCUCUGAACGCAUUGUACAAGAAUCGCAAAGCACCAAGAAGCACGUCGAGGCAAUGAUGCAAGAAGCAUUGACCGCUUCUGCGAUUACGAAACUCCCGGAUUUGACCACAUGUGGAAAGUAUUCCAGCACGUAUUUUGAAAACAUCACGCUCAUGGGCGGUUAUGAUCUCCUGGGCAUAUUCUCAAGUCGGAGUCGAUAACACUUCCCGCUACGUGGGACGUGUGUCGUUGCCUCAUGUCAACGAAAUAAUGGGCGUAGAAGCGUUCAUCGAUAUGCCUUUUGUCUGGAGAAAACGUGCCUCCGAUCAUUAAUUUCCAGCCAGACAGCCGUGUAGAGGGAGCUGACCGGAUAUGAACAUCAUACAGUGUGGACAAAAGACAAGUCGCCGAACGAAAACAAUGCUGCAGCAGUGCCGCAUUGUCCAUUAUGGUCAACAGAGCGAAGAUCCUCAAUUCGAGCUCCGCAUCAUAUUCAUAAGCAACUC